GUCGGCCUUAAACCGCAUGGGCUUUCAUUCCCUCAAAGAAACGCCUCUGUUUUUGUUCCCCCUCCUACCUUCCCUGUUCCUCUCUCCUCCCUUCCCCUCUCCUCUGUUUCGGUAUAUCCUCCCCUGUUUCUCUUCUUCUUCUUCUUCUUCUUCUUCUUCUUUGGAAUAGGAAGAGAGGCCUCUGUUUGCCCCUCCCUUUUGUUCCCUCCGUUGCUCCUUUAUCUUCCUUCUAAUGGGCUUUGUUUCGAUAUUUUUUCCCAUGUUUCUCUUCUUCUUCCUCCCAAUAUAAAUAGAAAGAGAAGGAGAUCUCCCCUGUUCCGUGCUUGGUUAAAGUUGCUAUUUUUUUGGCCCUAAUGGGGAGUUCUCAGGUGGUGGACGCGGAUGAUGAUGAGUAUGCCAAGCUAAUCAGGAAGAUGAACCCCCCAAGGGUUUUCAUUGACAACGAUGCUUCAGAUGAUGCAACUGUUAUUCAGGUGGACAGUGUAAAUAAACAUGGAAUCCUCCUAGAAGUUGUCCAAGUCCUCACCGAUCUCAACCUCAUAAUCACCAAAGCAUACGUUUCUUCUGAUGGAAAUUGGUUCAUGGAUGUGUUCAAUGUGACUGAUCGCAAUGGGAACAAACUCAGGGACAAAGAGAUCCUCAACUACAUACAAAAAUCCUUAGAAUCAGAUGCCUGCUUCUUUCCAUCACUGAGAAGUUCAGUUGGUGUAACGCCCUCGAAUGAAUAUACCUCAAUUGAGCUAACGGGCACCGACAGGCCUGGCUUACUCUCUGAAGUCUGUGCUGUACUCACAGACCUCAAGUGCAAUGUAGUCAAGGCUGUGGUUUGGACACACAAUACCCGAGCUGCAGCAGUAGUUCAUGUGACUGAUGAGUCCACAAGGAGUGCAAUUGAGGACCCAAAGAGGCUCUCCACUAUAAAGGAGUUGCUCUGCAAUGUUCUCAAGUGGGACAAUGACUCAAGGAGAGCAAAGAUGACAGUCUCAAUGGGAGGCACCCACACAGAGAGGAGGUUACAUCAGAUGAUGUUCGAUGAUAGGGAUUAUGAGAGAGCUGGGCUGGUAGAAGAAGAUGACAAGAAAUCAAAGCCUCAAGUUGCCGUCAUGGACUGCACAGAGAAGGACUAUUCCAUCAUUAUAUUGAGGUCCAAGGAUCGGCCCAAGCUCUUGUUUGAUACUCUCUGCACUCUCACAGACAUGCAGUAUGUGGUGUUCCAUGGAACAGUGAAAACGGGAAAUUCUGAAGCUUAUCAGGAAUACUACAUUAGGCACAUUGAUGGGCACCCAGUGAAUUCAGAAGCCGAACGACACCGCCUGAUCCAAUGUCUUGAAGCAGCUAUCGAGAGGAGAGCCUCGGGGGGAUUGGAGUUGGAACUAAUAACAGAAGACAGGAUUGGACUCCUUUCUGAUAUCACUCGGAUAUUCCGGGAGAAUGGCCUGUGCAUCAGAAGAGCGCAGAUCUCAACAAAAGGUGGCAAAGCAGUAGACACUUUCUAUGUAUCAGAGAUGUCAGGCAGCCCUGUGGAUGCCAAGACAAUUGACUUGAUUCGCCGACAGACAGGCCAGAUGAUCCUAAGAGUGAAACAGAGCCCUUCACCAUCCAAGCCUUCUGAGGAGACAAGCACCACUGGAUUCUUCUUUGGCAAUUUCUUCAGAGGAUGCACAUUUCACAGUUUUCGGUUGAUCCGAUCAUACUCAUGAACUAAUCUGGCAAGAUAAAUUAUAUAAAACAGUACAUCUCUGAAUCAUAUACUUGUAAAUAUUCUUCAUUGUCUUUAAAAGAAAAAAGAAUGAAUUAUGAUCCAACUGUAUAUAAUGAUGUGAUCCACUAGAAUUUUAGUCUUGAAUCCUGUAAUUAUUGACUUGUAGAUAAAUUUUACUUUGGGCUGUAAGGAUGUACAUAUUUUAUCUUACCAAACAGGCAUUACGAAAUCUUGUUCAUGAUUU